AUGAUUACUGUUGCGGCAACACCACUACUACUUUUACUGCUGGUGUUGGUGUCUCCAACAUCCACAACUGCCAACCAAAGUGAACAGCAGCAGCAGCAGGCGGGCGCUCCGCGGUCAGUUGGCAGCUUUGAAAUGUUGCAGCUGCAUUCAAAUGCAGUUAAUAAAUCAAAAGUCAUUAGUGGCGAGAUUGUUGGCGCAGUCACGGCAAAGAAAAUGGCAUUGGCAAUGAAGAAGGCCACUUUCGAAAGCGACGGCAUUGCCAGGGGGCAAGUGUUGAUGAACGGAGGCAGUGAGUUGCAGGAAGUUGCACAAAUGAGUGAUGUUAACAAAAUGCGAGUGAAACAAAAAGAGCUACAAAAACAAAUGUCGAAUAAAUUGUUAGCAACAUCGUUGCGGAUGCAACCGACAAAAACAAAAGAAGAAUUCAGCGUUGAGGGGGACGAAGUUGAGGCAACGACAAUGGCAACACUAAUAAACGGGAAUAGUAAACUUGUUGCUGCGAAUUACACAUUUUUGACUAGCAACAGCACAAAAUACAAAAACUUUAGUGGUUUCAGCGCACUCACCCAGGUGCGGGCAUUAAUGGGUGGUGCAAAGGUGGUUGAGCGCUUAGAGAAACAAGAUAUGACCAAACUGUCACAGCUGCAUUUAACGUCAGCUAUUAGCAGCAUAGCGGAGUUGAAUGCCAGUGGCAAGAAGGAAACUGGGGAUAAUAACGGGAGUCGGGCGGCGGCAGCGAAUAGCAAUGCGGCAGCAACGAAGGCCAGUGAGUCUCAGAGCAGCAGUAAAGUGGCAUUCUUAUGGCUGAAAGCUAUGCCAAUAACGGCACGAACGCCGAAAGUAAGGCAGCCACUUACGCUAAGUCAAACAGGUAAUAGCGAUGUUGAUGCAGAUGCUCCAGCUGUUUACAAACUUCGCGUGGAUGAUGGAGAUGGGGAUGGGUAUGGCAAUGACUCUCUAAUCAGCAGAGGCGCCAACAAGGUAGCCAAUACAAGUUUCAAACAAAUGUCGCAAUUUGUUAGACCAGCUAGUACAGUAAGCAUGGCAACAACAACACCAACAACGAUCACACAAAUAGUUAACUCAACAACGAUGAAGGUUACUUCUGACCCUGAAGUAACAAGCAAAGUAUUCGCAGAGGAGGUAAAAAACGGCAAAAGCUCUAGUAAGGUAUUCGCUGCAGCAUUGCGUACAAGCGAAAGUGCUACUGUGGCGGGACGACGAGACGAGAGUUUAAAUUCCAAGUCAGCGAUGACAGUAAAUAUUUUGCCAACAAUUUCAAGUAGUUCAGCUGAAGGCGGCUUAAGAGCUGACAGCGUGAAGGAGGGGUGGUCUGAUUCCGCGGAGAAGCCAAGAGUUAUUCAAACUGUAAGCUCUAAAGACGAAAAGUCAGAGCAGGUAGGAAGAAAUUUAAAAGAAAAUAAAGGCGUGCAACCGACGGUAGACAAUAAUAAUCUUGAAAGGCGCUUAGCGCGACUAAAGCUUACAAACACAAAGCCGAGUUUUAACAAUGAAAAUGCAAAGUCAGCUAAGAGUGAGAAGCCGAUAAGCGCUGAAUUGGCUGCACUGACAGAUGAGUUGACUAUGCCAGCGCAGUCAGGAAAUGAGCAAGCGGAGCAAAAGCAUUUUAAGCAAAAUGAUUUGCAUGCAGUAGGCGGUGUAAGAGUAGCACAUCAAGCUUCGAAAGGCGCAAAGCAAUUAGCAGACAGUGUGCAAGGUGGGCGGCAAAGAGGUUUUCCACCACCGCAGCAAUCAAUUUCCAAAAGUCAAAUGGAUCUGCAGCGAGGAUACACAGAGACAGAAGCGAUGUAUUUAGUGCACACAAAGCCGCCAGCUCAAGAAUCACAGUUGAUCACACACAAGCCACGUCGACAAAGCAACCACUUGGAACAGCAAAGCGACCACUUGCCGACAAAGUCGAAAGCGCAACAAAUUCCCAUGCCACUGGAAGGUGAGGUGGCAGGGAAAGACAAGUACUUUAGCCAAGCACCGAAUGCGGCAGUAGCCGUGCAAAUAGAUGGACUUAACCUUGCCGAGAAGCGAAGAAAAAUGCAGAGACCAGAAUUGAAGGAAACAAACUGGCAAUCAAAGCCUCGUGAGGAGCAGUUGGCGGCGCUCGGAGAACGAGUGUAUGAAACUGAAAAUAUUUUAGCGCUAAAUGAGCUAUUCUUUAGUAAACAGCAAACUUUAAAGAAACCUAACAAUCAAAGUGAAUUAGCAGCACGGCAGCAGCAGCAGCAGCAUAAAAUGUUGUUCGAAGCAGUUAGUGCUGAACGAAAAAAUCCUAAGCUGGCCAAAGUGAAGAACAAGGCAGCGAAGUCAGUGGAAACUUUCACCAAAAUUGGCGAACAAGCAAAACUUGCAAACAACCAAAGCGCCACUCAUGGAGGCAGCACAAAUAAAAGCUUAAGUGGCACAAAUGAGAAUGCAAUGCCGAAGCUUAACCGCGACAAGUCAACAGAUGAGGCCAAGUUGUGGCAAAAAACAAGAAGCGAGACAGAAUUUAGGGCGAACGUUGAUUUGAGUAAGCAGGCAGUGGCCGAAAGCGCGGGCUACAGCCAGCGAGGAGACAGCAAGAGAAAAGUGCCUGAAGAACUGCAGCGCGCACUGAAAUAUGCAAACAAACAAGUCGGCGACGAUGAACCUACGACUACUGUGUCCAAGCAGCGAGCGGGUGAGUUCAGUGUAGCUGUGGCAGCUGAGUCAUUGUGGAGACAAGACGAAAAGCAGCUAGAGCAGAAGCUGACUAAUGCGCGCCAAAGCACAGAUUUCGCAGAAGCUCAGAGCAAAGUAAAUAACUCAGCGGAAAUGCAAGGCAUACAUUUUUUAAAUAAGACAAAUAUGACGGAACGUCAAACACUAUUUACGCUUGGGAAUAAUAACAGCAAAAUUGCGGACAGCUACACUAACACAAGUGAACUGAAAGCUGCGGGUUUUAAGCGCAGGCCGAUGAUAGAUAGCAAUGCGGCAGAUACCAAAGCUAUAGGCGCAAAAGAAACUUUACUAAAUGCGAAGGAACCGAUCAAAAAAAGUUUACUAGUUAAUGUGAAUUACAGCGCAAAAAUGACGGCACAACCAAUUGUGGAGAUUAACGAACACGAACAGGAGAAUGAACUAGCAAAAAAUUUACCCAAUAAACAACUCACGCCAGCAAUCACUCCGCAGAUGGAGGAAAGGAAAAAAUUCGUAAAUCUCUUAAUGAAGCCGCAAAACUGCACACUCGCCACAUUUAAUGAUAGUAAGCGCACAACCAAUGAAAUGGCAGCGCAACAGCCCGCCGUCGAAGAAGUACAGCUCAUCUCAAUCCCUCUAUUAAAGGACGACAGCCGCUUUACAAGCGAUAAGGGAAAUGAAACGCGAGACGCUCAACGGCAGACUAUCAAACAAAGUGAUUGGGAUGCUGUUAGUUUGCCGCUACCGCUGUUGGAUUACAACGAGCGCACCGAAAGCGAGACUAUGGCAGACUGGCAACAAAGGCAAAACCGAGUAGCAGCCUACAUACGCCGCCCUGACAUGCGAACGGGUGAGGCACUAAAGCUGAAUGCCACAUUGUUCAACGCUGAUGGCGAAGUGGUCGCGAAGGAGGACGCCAACGAUGAUAACUCAAAAGCGGAAGCAAAAGAAAAAGCGCCAACAACGAGUACAACCACAACAGCCACAGUAAACACAAUGCUAGAGGAAAUGAUGAGCGCGCGCACAGUGAGCCACAUGGAUGCUACCACGAUAAUCAAUUUGGAUGUCGGCGAACGGCUGGUAAAUGGAGCAGCUGCAGCAGCGGCGACUGAGGCGGAAAUCAAUGCGAACAAUACGCACCAGCUUCAUUACGCAGCCCCAAAUGUAAAUGCCACCAACAUGAAACUUUCCAAAGCAACACAUGACAACGCAACAGAUGUGGAUGCGGUGGCGCAGACGGGUGCUAGCGCUGCAACAAUGAGGACCAACAUUGACGCUAACAAUGAGAGCGGAAAUAAUGCCUCAGGUCUAUUUAAUUCCAACAGAUUGCCAAAGCACAAUCAAGCGACUGAAAAACCAAUUACAACAAUAAAAAAUGUUACAACAGGCACAUUACUUCAAACAACAGUCACAAUUCCUGAUACCUCAAAUAGCAAUACAACCAAUGCUACGCCUGCCAAAUGGUCGCCAACAACAACUACAACAGCUGUAUUGGCGGAUACAACUAGCAAUAACCCAAAAAGCGCAUGCAAUAACACUUCAGAGAGCAUUAUCGGUAUUACCGCCGCAGGCAACUCAAAUGCCGCAGCACACGCAACCACAGAACCGUCGACAGUAUCGAGCACCACUGCCAAAGCUGCUGUCACAGCGACAAUAGCCACAUCUUUGGUGUCCAAAGUAAUGAACUCCGCAGUGAAGGCGCAACCAACGGCGUCAGCAGCAACAAUAACACGCUCAGAUUGGACAGCGCACCCAACGACGUCAGCAGCAACAAUAACACACUCAGAUUGGGCAGCAAAUGGUACUCAGCCAACAGGAGAUACUACGUUCUUUCUGCUGCCGACCUUGGCUGGACUAACGUCAAUAACGACACCAACAAUAGCGACACAGUAUGCUUUGAUGUCCACCGCAGCAGCAGCGGCAUCGGCAUCGGCAGCAGCAAUCAUGUCCACGCCAACUGCAACUAGCACCACGGCGGCAGCCGGUGCUGCAUGGCCCGUAAAGCACGCUUCAGUAAUGGAAGGCGAUGUCAUACUGGGCGGCCUGAUGAUGGUCCACUCACGCGAGGAUAGCAUCACAUGUGGCCCGAUUAUGCCACAGGGUGGCAUUCAGGCGCUCGAGGCCAUGCUCUACACGCUGGAUCAGGUGAAUAAGCAGCAACUGUUGCCGAAUGUUACGCUGGGCGCACACAUUUUAGACGAUUGCGAUAAGGAUACCUAUGGACUGGAGAUGGCGGUCGAUUUCAUUAAAGAUGGAAAUUAUGUGCUGGUCGUAACUGCUGCUGCUGCUCUGAUAUCAAUAAGCGCAAUGGAUACGCAGCAAGGAGCUGGCAGCGCACUGAUUGCCUCCGGCUGA